UUUCUAAAACCUGCCAUUUUACAUCUCAAAGUUUUGUUAGUUUGUACUUUAACUAUUUGAAACAGUGAAUAAUUUCAAUAAGUAACAUUGACAUUCCACAGCAUUUGUGCUUUCACGGUUUCACUCACACCUGCUUUCUUCUGCCCAACAGGCGGAAGACAAACACUUUCUUGGCUACUUGUAGAUGUGAAUCCCUGAAUAGGGAAACCAGAGAGCAGAAUGGCAUUAAGCGCAGCUCGUGGCGUGCAUGGCUGUCUACAAAAGCUGCAUGCUUUACUUGACAUCGGGGACUCCAACAGGGCAAACGAGGAGGCCCGUGAUCUUAUCCGAGACCUCGGACACGAAUGCAUGCUGGCCAGGAGCGAAAGCGAGUUAGUUUUGCAGACUUCUUUACUUUUUUCCAAGGAAGAUGGACUACUCCUAUACCUUCGAAAAUCUCUUAGCAUUGAUGAUCUUCGUGAAAGUAGAGAUGAAGUUCUGAAGCUGUUAAUAAUGUUUUUAGAGAGAGUUAAAAACAGAGUAAUAGGAUGGGAGAAAACAUACGGUCUUGACAUUAAGGAUGUUUGCCUUAUUGUUUAUACUAAAGACAGAGCUGCGAGAAGCAGAGUUUCUGCCUUGGAUCUUCUUAUUAAGUUGCUUUACGACUGCAGAGGUUCCACUGUCCUUCAGGAUUUUAAAAUUGCAGACAUUUUCAAUAAAUUCUAUGGGGAUCUUGUUCAAAAAAGUAAAUUUGCUGACACAGUUCUAGAGAAGGUGUAUGAGCUACUGGGUGUAUUGGCAGAGGUACAGCCCAGUGACAUGUUGGAUAACUCUGACAAACUGUACCGUGCUUACCUGAGUGAACUGAAACUACAGAUGACCUCAGCAACAAGAGAACCCAAGCUUCCUUUAGUAGCUGGAUGUCUUAAAGGCUUAACAGCUCUUAUGAUCAAUUUUACAAAGUCAAUGGAUGAAGAUCCCAAAACUUCAAAGGAAAUCUUUGAUUAUGCACUAAAAGCAAUAACUCCCCAGACCGAGCUAAAAAGAUAUGCUGUGCUUUUGGCUGGAUUGUACCUGUUUUCAAAACAUGCAUCUCAAUUCAGCACCUGUCUCUUGGACAACUACCAGUAUCUCUUUGAAAUCCUGUCAAAGUACUGUAGUCACUCAAAUGUAGACAUGAAGAAAGCUGGUCAUGCUGCAUUGGACACAUUCUUGAAACAAGUUUCUCUUUUGGUGGCUGAGAAUGCUGAGCUCCAUAAAAGUAAGCUUGAGUAUUUCAUGCGUCAGUUUUAUAGUAUCAUUCGAACACUGGACUGCAGUACAAAGGAACUCUCUAUUGCCAUCCGAGGAUAUGGACUGUUUGCAGGACCUUGCAAAGCACUAAAGUCGAAUGAUUCAGAUGACAUCGAUUUUAUGUACACAGAGCUCAUCCAACGCUGCAAACAAAUGUACUUGACUGAAUCUGAUACAGAAGAUGACAACAUGUACCAGUUGCCAAGCUUCCUGGACUCCAUUUCUAGUGUCAUACUGCAUCUUGACAAGAUUCCUGAGGUGUACACCCCUGUUCUAGAGAGGCUUCUGGUUGUCCAGAUUGAUAGUUUCCCACAGUACAGUCAGAAAAUGCAGCCAGCAUGCUGUCGAUCCAUAAUAAAGGUGCUUGUUGCAUUGGCAGGGAAGGGUCCUGUUUUAUGGAGCUUUAUUAGCACAGUUGUGCAUCAGGGCUUGAUUCGUGUCUGUUCAAAGCCAGUACUACGCAGUGGGGAAGAAGAAAGUGAUCAAGAGAAAGAUGCUCAAGUACGCAGUGGCAAGUGGAAGAUUCCUUCUUAUCGUGACUAUUUGGAUCUCUUUAAGAGCUUGUUGGACUGUGAUAAAAUGAUGGAAUCUGGAUUUAUAGAUACAGAAGCUCUUGGCUCACCUCUACGUUCUCUGAACCGUCUUCUUUAUGAUGAGCUGAUGAAAUCUCUUUUGAAGAUCAUUGAGAAAUUAGAUUUGUCUGUACAUACACCGCAUGUUGAAGAAGAAGUGGUUGGCAAUUUUCCUACUGAAAACAACUUAUCAAUCCCAUCAUCUGAUCCCUCUGCAAAUUUAUUUCCAAGCAAGCCCAAAGACUUUACUGCCUUUAUCAAUCUGGUGGAUUUUUGCAGUGAAUUGCUUCUGCAAAAACACAAUGACUACUUUGCUCAAUGGGUGUAUGUUUUGGGAUAUGAGCUCAUUCUUCAAUCAACUAGGUUUCCCUUGGUCAGUGGUUUUUACAAAUUGCUGUCUGUUUGCAUGAAGAUUGCAAAGAAAAUAAAGUAUUUCCAGGGAGUGGGCCCAAAAACCAUCAAACCUGUCCCAGAUAAUCAGAAUGUUUAUGCCUGCUUUGCACUCUUUGCAAAAUUUGGAAAGGAGGUUUGCUCCAGAAUGAAACAGUACAAAGAUGAAUUGCUUGCUUCUUGCCUGUUUUUUGUUCUUUCCCUUCCUCCCAACAUUGUGACUUUAGAUAUCAGACCUUAUAUUCCUAGCCUUCAGACAGCAUUCAUACUUGGUCUAAGUCAUCCCCCACUGGCUAAUGCUGGUUUAGAGGCCCUUGAAAAUUGGUCAGAAUUUAUACCAAAGCAUGAUAUUCAACCCUUUUAUAACAAUGUGCUCCCCUGCUUGGAUGGUUAUUUGAAAGCCACAGCACUUAUUGAUGAAGAACAACUUAACUGGCAAGUUUCAAGCCUUCCUCAAUCUUCCGGAAAAAAUUACAGAACAGUUUUAAUGCGCCUUUUAAAGAAGACAAAGCAACUUUCCAUGAGUGAUGAUUCGCCUGCUGCAUUGGUAAAACGGAGAGUUGUACGUCUACUUGGACGUUUAGGCGGGAAGCUAAAUAGAAGUUUGAUCACAGCUACUUGUGCAGAAGAUAUGAUGAAAAAAUGUGUUGCUUGGGAAACAGAGAAGAAACUAAAUUUUCCAAUGCCUUUUGCUGAUAUGAAGCCCAUCAUCUUUCUUGAUGUUUUUCUGCCUCACGUUGCUGAACUAGCACUCUCAACUAGUGACAGACAGACUAAAGUGGCUGCCUGUGAACUACUGCAUAGCAUUCUAAUGUAUAUGUUGGGGAAAGGAUCUCAGAUGCCAGAAGGGCCCAGCAUUGUCCCUCCACUGUACAGGCUGCAUAAACAUAUUUUCCCUGUACUUCUGCGGUUGGCUUGUGAUGUAGAUCAGGUGACAAGGCAGUUGUAUGAGCCGCUAGUUAUGCAGCUUAUUCACUGGUUUACAAGCAACAAGAAAUUCGAGAGUCAAGACACUGUUGCCAUGCUGGAAGCUAUUCUGGAUGGGUUGGUUCACCCUGUGGAAAGCACCCUGAGAGAUUUCUGUGGUCAGUGUGUACAAGAAUUUUUGAAGUGGUCAAUAAAGCAGACAACUCCAGAGCAGCAGAAAAAUAGCCCAGCUAAUACCAAAUCUCUUUUCAAGAGACUCUAUAGUCUAGCACUGCAUCCUAAUGCUUUCAAGCGGCUUGGGGCAGCCCUAGCUUUUAACAGCAUCUAUAAACAUUUCAGAGAAGAAGAAGCCCUUGUUGAUCAAUUUGUGUUUGAAGUGUUGGUGAUAUACAUUGAAAGCCUUGCUCUAGCACACACAGAUGACAAGUCAUUAGGAACAUUGCAACAGUGUAGCGAUGCACUUAAACACCUGGAAAGGAUAAUAAAGUACAAGGCUACAUCACUGAAUAAAGCAUCAAAAAGGCGUAUUCCAAGGGGAUUUGCACCUAAUAAGCCUGUGUGCUUAGUGGAUGUUGUAUUGUGGCUACUGGAGCAGUGUGGACGGCCGCAGACUGAGUGCAGACACAGAUGCAUGGAAUUAUUUUAUGAAUUUGUUCCGCUGUUGCCAGGUAACAAAAACACUUCUCUGUGGCUGGAUGAUCUCAUAAAGAAGCAAGGGGUAUCUUUCUUGAUUGAUUGCUUUGAGUGUGGAGGCUCAGUUAAAAGUGGAUCAGGGAUUUUGUCCAAACGCACCCUUCAAGAAAUCCAAGAACCGUUCAGCCUGCGCAUAACCCUAUGGUGGAUGGAUAUGUUGCUUGCUUCUCUAGACUGCUAUAAUACCUUCAUUGGACUUCGAUUUGUCAAGCCUUAUGAAAUUUUGGGUUCAGAUUCAAAGUCAGGGUUUUUGCAAGCUGUCAGAUUUUUCCUGAACAAACUUGCCUUACAUGAUGUGUCAGCUGCUGAAAAAUGCUUUGAGUCUGGGGCUAAGGGUGUACUCUUUAGUCCCAGGGAGCAAGAACAUUAUAACUUCAAAAAAGGAACCAUCAUUGUGAGGACAUUGGAAUUUGUUACUAUGGUUCUUGAGAACUGCCAGCCUCAGUUUUGGAAGGUACUAGAGAACCAUGUUUUGAACCCAGAUUUCUUUAAGUUGACUGCAGUGGCUGUUUGCAUCCCUUCAAACAUUGGAUUCAAUAUGGCAGAUGUGGAAGUAAUGAAGAAUCUUCCAGAUGUAUGUGUGCGCCUCAUGAAAGCCUUGAAAAAUUCAAUUUAUAAAGACAAAUUGGAAGCUUACAUUAAAGAAAUGAUCACUGCUUACAGUGUCCAAGAGCUUUGUGAAGUGGACUUUUAUAAGACAGACUCUUGGUCAGAUCAGGCCCGGUUGAUGCUUGUCCUGUCUGCUUGCAAACAACUGCACAGAGCCGAGCUGCUUAAUUCAACUUUGCAAAGUCAGGCUUCUAGGUUUGGUUCACCAUUAGGUUCAAGGCUUCUUUCUGUGGUGUACAAAGGUAUAGCACCAGGCGGGGAAAGAAAAUCUCUUCCAUCCCUUGAUGUAAGUAGUAGGAGGCUGGCAGAUGGACUACUUCAGCUGGCAUUUUCACUUGGCGGUCAGACUGAACCACUGGUAGAUUUGUUGCUGAACACAGUAACACUGUCUGUGCCACUCUCUGGACAUGCUAACAAAAACUUCAUUUCAUUCUCUCAUGGGGAAUAUUUUUAUAACCUGUUUCAAGACACCAUCAACUAUGAGCUGCUAAGGAAUCAGGACAUUAGUGUGACUAUCCUGAUGAAGUCUGCAUCAGAAAAUCCGAAAAUGGUUAGCAUGGUUCUGAAUGGGAUGCUGGACCAGAGCUUUAGGGACCGCUCAGUGAGAAAAACAGAGGGACUGCGGCUUGUACAAGAAGUGCUAACUAAUUGGGAUAACUUUAAGCCUUGGUGGGCAAGCAGUACAGCCUCAGAAAACAAGAUGUCUGUUCUAAUUUUACUCUCUAAAGUCUUACAGAUAGAUUCUUCAGUUUCAUUUAAGACAAGUCACAAUGCAUUUGGAGCUGUAUUUAAUACAUACACUUCUUUAAUUACUGACACAGCAUUGCCCUUAAAUUUAAAGAGCCAGGCACUGAUUAUCCUGCCAUUCUUCACCAACCUCCCAGAAAGCAUCCUCCUUGAUCUCCAGACUGCCCUGGAGAAGCUGGUUGCUUGUCACUUUCCCAUGCAGUCAGAUGAGUUUCCUACAGGAACACUACGCUAUAACAACUAUGUGGAUAGCAUUAAAAAGCUUUUGGAUGCUUUGGAAAUGUCCCAGAGCCCAAUGUUAUUAAAAUUAAUGACUGAAAUCCUUUGUCGGGACAACAGGCAUAUCAUGGAAGAGCUAUUUCAAACAUGCUUUAGAAACAUUGCCAAAAGGGGUGCCUGCAGUAAACAAGUCUCUCUACUAGACACUGUUUUUCAAAUGUUCCAAACAGAGGAUCCAUGUGCCAGCACAACUCGACAAGCAGUUGUUGACCGUUGCCUCCUGACUAUUCUUUUUAACUGUAGCCUGGAAGCACUUACGGAGUUCCUCUGUAAAACAGUAGCUUAUAUCAUGACCAUCUUACAAGCUAGGUUCUUAAAGUCAAACGAAUCUGCAUUUGAUACCCAACUUGCUAAGAAAAAUGGUUGCUACAAAAUUAUGGAAGUUGUUUAUUCACGUUUGCCUAAGGAGGAGGUUUACUCCAAAGAAUCAAAGGUCAAUCAAGCUUACUGUGGUCACAACAAAUCGGAGGGCAAUGAGCUUUCAAAAACCUUACUCAAGUGCUGUUUUGAUGCCUUCACAGAGAAUAUGGCGGGAGAAACACAACUAUUGGAAGAAAGACGUCGGCAUCAUUGCUAUGCAUAUAACUGUGCAGUUGCAGUGAUCAGCUGCAGUUUUAAUGAAGUGAAGUUUUAUCAAGGCUUUCUUUUUAGUGAGAAACCAGAAAAGAAUCAAUUUAUCUUGGAAAAUCUAAUUGAUAUGCAACGCAUAUACAGUUUUCCUAUUGAGAUUGAGGUUCCUCUGGAGAAGAAAAAGAAAUACUUAGCCAUUCGUAAAGAAGCCAGAGAAGCAGGUGAUGGCAGUUCAGAUGAGCCCCACUACUUAUCAUCACAGUCAUACAUGGCUGACAGCAGUCUAAGUGAAGAGAUGAGUCAGUUUGAUUUUUCCACUGGCAUUCAGAGCUUUUCAAUUGGUUCUCAAGCAUCCACUUCAGCAGUUGUCCGUAGCAAGAGGAAGGUGGAGCGAGCAGAAUCCACUGCACAGGGAGAUUCUGUGGAACUAGAGAUGGAUGAGCUGAAUGCUCACGAAUGCAUGGCAACUCUGACGGCACUCAUCAGUCACAUGCAAAAGAACAACAUUACACCGAAAGUUGAGGAGGGAACAGCUCCAGUUGAUCUUCCAGUGUGGAUGAAGUUUCUCAAUGUCAAGCUAGGAAACCCUUCUACACCUCUAAAUAUCCGCCUCUUUAUUGCAAAGCUGAUAAUUAACUCAGAGGAGGUUUUCCGUCCUUAUGCAAGACAUUGGCUUGGCCCUCUGUUGCAGCUGGUUGUGUCGGAUAAAAAUGGUGGAGAAGGAAUUCACUACAUGGUUGUAGAGAUUGUGGUGGUUCUUCUCUCUUGGACAAGUGUGACAUCCCCAAAGGGAAAUAUCAAGGAUGAAGUAUUAGCAAAUCGACUCUUGGAAUUUUUAAUGAAGAAUGCAUUUCAUAAGAAAAGAGCCGUAUAUAGGCACAAUUUGGAGAUUAUUAAGACAGUGGUGGAAUGCUGGAAAGACAGCCUAGAGAUUCCUUAUAGAUUAAUAUAUGAAUGCUUCUCUGGUAAAGAUCCAAACAGCAAGAACAAUUCUGUUGGUCUGCAGCUGUUGGGCAUUGUUUUAGCUAAUAACUUACCUCCAUUUCAUCCGAUGUGUGGAAUCGAAAGUGAAAGAUACUUUCAAACAUUGGCUACCAAUAUAUCAUUUGGACGAUUUCAAGAAGUUUAUGCAGCAGCAGCUGAGGUUGUUGGGCUUGUAAUGCAGUAUCUGGCAGACAAAGAAAAGCAACUUGAGGGACCCAUUUUUCACUUUACAGUGAAGGAAUUGAAGCAGCUCCAGGACAAACAGGAAGGCACAUUUGUUGUGUGUUUAAACAAAAUUACCAAGAACUUUCCAAAGCUUGCUGACAGUUUCAUGAAUCAAGUAUUUUACUUGAUCCCCAAAAUGCAUGGUGUGCUGAAGACGCAAUGCUUAGAGAUUCUGAUGAGUCGAGCAGAUGAAACACCUGACUUUUAUAUGCAUUUGAAGACCAAAAACUUUGCUCAGAUUAUGAGUCACAGAGAUGAAGCAAGACAGCAGGUGUGCUUGGAUAUUAUACAUAAGAUACUGGCCAAACUGAAGCCAGAUGAACUAAAGGAACUGUUGGAGCCCAUUACAGCCUUCAUCCAGCACCCUUCCCCUGUCUGCAGAGAAAAAAUGUAUGACAUUCUAAUGUGGAUUUAUGAUAAUUACAGAGAUGAAGAGAGUCAGAGGGAUCCUAUCUCCUCAGAAGUCUUCUGCUUAUCCAAAGAAAGCCUGCUGCAGGGCUUAAUGGAUGAAAAUCAGCCCCUACAAUUGUAUGUUAGAAAUUUCUGGAGUCAUGAAACUCGACUGCCUAUAAACACACUGGAGAGAAUGCUAAUUAUAUUCCGGUCCAUGUACUCAAGCAAAAUUGAGAGUGAGUAUCUUAGUUUGGCUACCAAUCUUCUCUUGGAGAUGACCAGCAGGAGCCCUGACUACACAAGAGACAUUUUUGAGUAUCCUCUUUCUGAAUGCAAGUUCCAGGACUACACCAUUCAUUCCAACUGGAGAAACAGAAGCACGAUUCUCACUCCAAUGUUUGUUGAGACACAAGCAACGCAGGGUGGAAUUCGAGACAGGUCACAGGAUGGGUCAAUGUCUAGUGAAGGAACAAUUGGUGGCCAAGUUAGGGCAACUCAGGCACAACUUGAGUUUACUCCAACACAAACUGCAGGUCGACGCAGUUCCUAUAACUGGAUGACAGGAGCUAGUAUUGACACUUUUAUGGACUACUCUCUCCCCACGUCAUCUGAGUCUCUCUCUUCCUCUUUACUGGUUUUUGGUAAGAGAGGUGAAAAGAUUCAGAAGGCAGAAAGGAAGCCAGUUGGUGUGGAUUUUGGGUCCAAGAGACUUGGUCUUCCAGGAGAUGAAGUGGACAGUGGCACCAAAGUAAAAGACCAGCGAGCUGAUAUUCUGAGACUAAGGAGGAGAUUCCUGAAGGACCAAGAAAAAGUCAGUCAUAUUUAUGCACAAAAAAACAUCCGCGAACAGAAGCAAGAAAAGGCUAACGUGGCAGAGCAAAAGCUGAAGAAGGAAGGACAAAUUACUCUCUAUAGGCGAUACCGUCAAGGAGAUCUUCCUGAUAUUCAGAUUCAGUAUAGCAGUCUGAUUGCACCACUACAGGCUCUCGCUCAGAGAGAUCCAACUUUUGCUAAGCAGCUGUUUAGCUCACUAUUUACGGGCAUCCUGGUGGAAAUGAAAAACUCUAAAGGCUCUAAGGAAAAGAAGUCAAUUUUAGAAGAGCUGUUAGAGGAUAUUAAUACAUUCCUAAGUAAAAGUACCAUGUAUUUUCCACCAUUUGUUUCCUGUGUUCAGGAUAUGAGUUACCGACACCAAGAGCUGCUUCAGGUAACACCAACAAAUGUGAGCUCCAGCUGCUUGGUUAGCCUCCAGCAGCCAAUUGGGAUUCUUUUAUUGGAGGAAAGUUUAAUUCACCAGUCUGUUCCUGAAGAGCCACCCUUGAAGAGAGCCAAAGGAAGGGUGGCGCUCCCACCCGAUACAGAGCGAUGGAUCCAUUUGGCUAAGCUAUACAGAUCCCUGGGAGAUUAUGAUGUUCUCCGUGGUAUCUUCAGUGGUAAAAUUGGAGCAAAGUCAGUUACUAGCAAAGCACUGCAGGCAGAAGCUAAAUCUGAUUAUGCUGAAGCUGCAAAGCUGUAUAAUGAAGCUUUGAAUAUGGAAAAUUGGCCAGAUGGAGAACCAACAGAAGCUGAGAAAGAUCUUUGGGAGUUAGCAGCUUUAGAGGCCUACAAUCAGUUGACAGAGUGGAAGUCCUUGCAGUAUUGCUCUACAGUAAAUAUUGAUGAUAAAACUCCAUCUGAUCUGGAGAAGAUUUGGCUUGAUCCUUUCUAUCAGGAAACCUACUUACCUUAUGUAAUGCGUAGCAUGGUGAAGUUGUUACAGCUUGGGGAGCCAGAUCAAUCUCUGCUGACAUUUGUGGAUAAUGCAAUGAAGGCAGACGACAGGAAAAGCAUCAUUGAGACUCAUUACAGCCAGGAGCUGAGCCUCCUUUAUAUUCUCCAGGAUGAUUUUCAUAGAGCCAAGUACUACAUCAACAACUGCAUGCAGAUUUUCAUGCAGAAUUAUUCUAGCAUUGAUGGUUUAUUGCAUGGAAGCCGUCUUGCCAAAUUGCAGUCUGUUCAAACCGUAACUGAAAUACAGGAUUUCUUGAACUUUAUGACAAAGGAUGUUUCCAGGGCUUCAGUUAAGCACUUAAUUAGAGUGUGGACUGGGAGAUAUCCUGAUGACAGAAUGGAUCCAAUGAACAUCUGGGAUGACAUCAUCACAAAUCGAUGUUUCUUCUUGGAUAAAAUCUCAGAAAAACUUGGAAACUUGGAAGCAGAUAACAGUAUGGAAGUGGAUGAAGAAGGAAGUGCAGAUGUUCAAAUGGAAUUGGAUGAACCAGUGGAAGGCCUCGAGUCUGUGAUUAAAAGCUGCAAAUUUAACAUGAAGUUAAAAAUGGCAGACAGCGCAAGAAAGCAGAAAAACUUCUCAGUAGCCACUAAGCUGCUGAAAGAGCUGCAUCGAGAAGCAAAGACUCAGAAAGACUGGCUGAUUCGCUGGGUUCACAGCUUUAGCCGCUUCAAUCACUGUCGCUGCCAGAACCAAAGAAGCUCAGAUCAGAUUCUGUUUGUCUUGAAAACCAUCCCUCUGCUAGAGGAAAACCAAAAUGAUCCUAUAAAAACAUCCUAUCGUAUAUCUAGAGAUCAUAAUAUGCUGCUGGGAACAUCAUACUCCAUUAUAGCUGAUGUAAUUGCUAAGGACCUCUCCUGCCUUGCCGAACUAGGAGAGGAGAAGCUUCAGAGACUUGGCCAUCUUUCAGGUGCUUCUCCAGGCGAUACUGAGCAGGUUACUGUGGGCCUACACCGUAGAGCCUUGCAGCUGCUACAGGGUGCAGUGAAGAAGGUGGAUGAGGAGCUGCAGUCCCUCUCAGAGGAAUACGUUGAUACUCGUGGGGCCAUUGAGGCUUAUAUGACUUUGGCCAACUUUUGUGAUAGGCGCCUCCGGGAGGAGGAAGAGAGUGCUCAGAUUCCCAGGUUGUCUGAAAUUAUAUCCUUCCCUACCGUUGUGGUUGAAAAGAUGCUGAAGGCACUGAAGUUGAAUUCGGAGGAAGCCAGGCUGAAAUUUCCCCGGCUACUGCAGCUCAUUGAGCUCUAUCCAGCAGAGACCUUGGAUCUUAUGGCAAAAGAGGUCUCGUCCGUUCCAUGCUGGCAGUUGAUUGGCUGGCUGAGUCAAAUGAUGGCCUUGCUGGACAAGAAGGAAGCUGUGGCUGUGUACCAGGUGAUCACUGAGAUUGCAGAGUCCUACCCACAGGCUCUUAUUUAUCCCUUCAUGAUAAGCAGUGAAAACUAUGAUUUUGAAGAUUCAGCAGUUGGACACAGAAACAAAGAAUUUGUUGCAAGGCUGAAGUCAAAGUUGGAUAAAGGGGGAGUUUAUGAAGACUUUAUUAAUGCCCUGCAGCAACUUACUAACCCUGACAUGCUGUUUAAGGACUGGUUGGAAGAGGUUAAAAAUGAGUUAGAAAAGCCAAAAAAAGAUAAACAGAUCUUAAGGAAACUUUAUGAAGAUAUGUGGUCAACACUGGGGGACCCAAGAGCAGAAGGCAUUGGAGCUUUCCGACGAAAAUUUGCUGAGAAAUUUGGUAAAGAAUUUAAUUCAACAUUUGGAAAAAGUGGAUCUAAAAUACCAGAAAUGAGACACGAAGACUUCUACAAAACUGCAAGUAAGCUUCAGCAACUCAUGAAGGAAUUUGGGAAGGAGCCAGGUAACUUGAAAGAAUACUCUCCAUGGAUGAGUGACUUCAGGCCUGAAGUUCUUGGGAAUGAUCUGGAAAUCCCUGGGCAGUACGAUGGUAAAUCUAAACCUUUACCAGAAUACCAUGCAAAAAUUGCAGGAUUUGAUGAACGGGUAAAAGUGAUGAGCUCUAUACGAAGACCCAAACGGCUGAUCAUCCAAGGCAAUGAUGAGCGAGAAUACCCCUUCCUGGUCAAGGGAGGUGAAGACCUGCGACAGGACCAACGCAUUGAGCAGCUCUUUGGUGUCAUGAACAUCAUUCUUUCACGAGAUGCUGCAUGCAGUCAGCGAAACCUUCAACUGAAAACCUACCAUGUGAUCCCCAUGACAACCAGAAUUGGGCUAAUUGAAUGGCUGGAGAACACUUGUACUCUGAAGGAAUUCCUUUUGAACAAGAUGUCAGAAGAUGAAGCCAAGAAACCCCUUGAGAUAUAUGAUGCAUGGCUUUCUAAGGUCGCUUCAAAGGAGCAGGGGGCACGCCGCUAUGAAGUCAUGUACAAAAGGGCAAACAGAACGGAGACCAUCACUAGUUUCCAACGCUUAGAACAUCUUGUUUCCGGAGAUCUUCUCCGGAAAGCCUUCAUGCAGAUGAGUAUGACUCCCGAGGCCUUUCUCUCCUUGCGCUCUCACUUCGCCAGUUCCCAUGCUCUCAUGUGCAUCAGUCAUUGGAUUUUGGGAAUUGGAGAUCGUCAUCUGUCCAACUUUAUGAUUAACAUGGAAACUGGGGGCAUGGUGGGCAUUGACUUUGGACAUGCUUUUGGAUCAGCUACUCAGUUUCUACCUGUGCCCGAACUGAUGCCCUUCCGACUGACACGCCAGUUACUGAAUCUCAUGUUGCCAAUGGGCGUAUCGGGCCUGCUGUACAGCAUCAUGGUCCACUCCCUCAGAGCUUACCGAGCAGACCCAGACCUCCUGCUCAACACCAUGGAUGUCUUUGUCAAGGAGCCAUCAUUGGAUUGGAAGAAUUUUGAGUUGAAGCAGCUGAAAAAAGCAGGAACUUGGACGUUGACUGUUGACACCAAAAAUAUUAACUGGUACCCCUUGCAGAAGGUAAACUUUGCCAGGCGAAAGCUGGAAGGAGCAAACCCUGCUGCCAUAACUGGUGACGAACUGAAGCUGGGAUUUGAGAAGAACCCGGCCUUCCAGAGUAUUCUAGCUGUCGCUCAAGGAACCCAGGAGUUCAACAUGAGAGCGCGGGAAGCAGCGCAUGGCCUGUCUGUGGAGACGCAGGUGGAGUGUCUCAUCGAUCAAGCCACCGACCCCAAUCUCCUCGGACGCGUCUGGCAGGGCUGGGAGCCCUGGGUCUAACAGAAAGGGGCAUCGCCUUCAUCUCGGGCACACAGGCAGGUAGCUGAAGGGGAAGGUGGUCUUCAGGAUGGAACUUUCCAGAUUUGUGCUUGUGUCACCCACUUGGCACUGGGAAUUUGUCCAAAUUAAAGCUGACAUAUGGGACUGGCUAUGGGGUCGUGGCCGGCUGGGUUGGUAAUUCUGUUUCUUUGCACUUUACCGUGGGGCACGUUUAGCUGAAACAACGUCACUGACGUGUUUUAAAGUGAAGGAUUAGCUUAAACACACACGUCACGUCAACUGAUGUGGCACUAGAGAGGAGUGUCACAAGAGCUUGUCACUGUUUUAUGUCUUUGAUGAAAUGAAAUAUACAAUUUCUCAUAAUCGGUAA